AUGUCAGCAGAAAGAAUUCGCUGGACAGAGGUACUGCCAACGGUGCUGCUCGGGAUCCGAGCAGCGUGGAGAGACGACCUGCAGGCGACCGCAGCGGAGCUGGUGUACGGCCAGACUCUGAGGAUCCCGGGGCAAUUUCUGGGCCGACAGCCUACGGACAACGAGGACGACGCUGCCGACUUUGCAAGGACGCUGCGUGAGCAAUUUGAGAAGCUGCGACCGGUGGACGUACCCGACACGGGGAGCGACGGCCAUUUAUCUAAAAGGACCUGGCGACGCCGAACAGGUUCCGAAACAGAAGAUAGCAGCUCGGCAGAGUCGGCACACGGAGCCGAGAGGGUGCGGUCGACGGACGGACGGCGCGAGACCAGGACAACCGAGGUCCGAGCGGCGAGGCGCACGAGAGACGCGAGGCCGCUGCCCCAGAUAGCAAGAGAACGACGCGAGCGGGGAGAAGGGUCCGAUUCCCGAGUCGAUUCCAGGCGGGCCUGUGACGCCGAGGAACCAGGAUGCGCAGUAUGCGAAGCCACAGGCCGUCACAACGUGCAGACUCAAAGAUCUCGCCGACAAAGAUGUUGCCGAAUACCGACCAUCGAAUCUGAUAUCUCUGUUUGGCAACGACGCGACAGCGGCUCGAUCUUUGUUUUAUGGAACGGCUAUUUUGAAUGCGGGAAGGUGGAAGAUAGCUGUUUCAACUUGGCUGAUAAUUUCUUCCAAGUCUUGACCAAGAAUGGGUACAACACCAAAGACAUCCAUCGAACAACUGAAAGGCUGAAAAAUAAAAUCUCCAGUUCUACAAAUAUGAGUGCAUCAAGUAAAAAAGAAGAAGAAGAUAAACAAGAUAAAAAAUGGACAAUCCUUCCGUAUCUUCAGGGUACAACAGAACGCAUUAGCAGGAUUCUGGGUAAACACAAUAUCAAAGUAAUUUCCAAACCUCAAAAUAAGAUUGCGCAACUACUUCCUAAUCCCAAGGACCGGAGACCACACUUAGAAACACCAGGUGUAUACAGGAUUCCUUGCUCCUGCGGAAAAGUGUACAUAGGCGAAACUGGGAGAAAGAUCAGUACACGAAUUAAGGAACACCAACGGAGUUCCAGGUACUGCCAUUUUAGUCAAUCAGCCUUGGCAGAACAUUGGAUGGUGACGGGACACUCAGUACAAUACGACAAAGCAACCAGACUAGCCCCCUCGCAAAGCUAUUUCGCCAGAAAACAUCCUGAAGCUCUAGAAAUUCUGAAACAUUCCGACAACCUCAACCGCGACAAAGGAAUCUACAUGAGUUUGCAACUACUCAUAGGGUCUACAAGAGUAAUUUUUUGUUACUGGCAUGCCGUUAACUGGGCGUCUCUUUUUACCUUUUUUUAAAGAUAUCGAGAGUUAAUGUUUUUUGGAACGUUAUUACCAAAUUAAAUAUGUCAUAAUUUCUACAACGUUUCUACAAUGAUAAAUGGUAAUAAAUAUAGAUAAGAAUCUUUUCUCGACCGUACUGGCAAAUAUUAUUUAUUCAAUUACAACGU